GCCCAACAUCAAAGCCUGAUAAAUCCCUUUAGCUUUAGCUUUUCUUAUUUCGAAAAAAUAAAAAGUAGGAACCAGCAUCUCCCAUCAUUUCUUUUCUUGGGUUCUCUUUCACCCGAAAAUCCGUAGAGGGAUUCGUACCAGAGGAGCGGACAAUAAGAGAGAGGUAGGUUUCCAGAAAUGAAGAAGGAAAACAGCUCUUUGAUGUCGUUCUUACUGCUGCUCUCACUCUCAUUUCUGGCUAGCUCCAAAAGUCACGGAAACCCGGCUAGUGAAAUGGUGAACGUCUUGAACCAGAAUAGAACAGCCUGGAAACUUGGCAAACUACAUGAGAGCCCUGGCCUUGGCUGCAUAGCCCUCCAGUAUGCUGAGCUCUGCGAGGGUGAUUGCAAUGUCAACAACAACACUUUGACCUGCGAACCCCCUGAAGACGACUUCACUCAGGUUUUUGCCCCCAACUGCGGUGUAGAACUUCCCACUUUUGGUACCAUAACAGGCCACGUUCUCGGCUGCGGCACCCACUAUGCGACGCCAGAAGCCUCCUUCUCAGACAUUCUCUUCAGAGAUAACAAAUCCUUGUUGGUGCUCAGAAACAGGUCGCACACUGAGGUUGGAGUGGGAAUGGCUAGGUUGCAUAAAGGUACCUACUUUUGGUGCAUUCUGUUUAGUGAUGGUGGGACAAACUCUUCCUUUUCUCUGGAAGCCAAUGGCCGGGGAAUCAAACAAAGAAAAGGCUGCUACAGCGGAAGUGCUUUUUCUUGUAGCAAUGCACACAUGAUUUCUAUGCGUCUUCUCAACAGCUUUCUGGGCAUUCUUUUGUCUAUUUAUACACUAGCCAUCACCGUGUAGUUUCUUUGACCCAAAUAAUGAAAGACAACCCUGUUGUAGCUGAAAUGAUAUAUUGGAAAACGUUUUUUAUUUGUAA